UGUCAUCACUACGCGUCGUGUGGUUGCGUUAAACUACUGCGUCUGUUGAUCAGUUUGAAACCUGCUUGAAAUGUUAAAGUGGUUCUCUAAACGUCCCUCCUGUAACAGAGUGAGCAGAGUGAGCAGCUCCUCGUGUUACUGACUCUGUGCUUUACUCUGCUAUGUUACCUGGUGAAUAUAUUGAUGUUAUAGUGGAGUGAAGCUGGACAUCAGUGUGUGAAGUUUGAAGCUAGCUCGAGGCUAACCAGGCAGGAGGAGACGAGGAGACGAGGAGACGAUCUGAGGAGCUUGAUCCAAACUUGAAGGAUGGACAGUGAAAUUCAGAGGGACGGGAGAGUCCUGGACCUCACUGAUGAUGCCUGGAGAGAGGACAGACUGCCCUAUGAAGAUGUCACCAUCCCUCUGAGUGAACUACCGGAGGCUGAACAGGACAACGGAGGCUCCACCGAGUCUGUGAAAGAACAAGAGAUGAAGUGGACGGACCUCGCCCUGCAGAGCCUGCAUGAGAACACACCGAGCACCGGGAGCUGAAAGACGCAGCUGGAUUGAUACUGGAGUACAAAGACACAUGCGCUUACAGACACAUGUGGCUCUCUCUUUAUGGCAUCACAUUGAGUAUUUUGAUGGACUUGCAGAAUGUUUCAGCAAAGAAAAGUAUGCAGAGAUGGAUUGGGCUUUAAAAUGUCUGAAAUAUAAAAUAACUUUCUAAUUCAAUAAAGUGGAAAGAUGUGUUUAU